AUGUCCGACCCAGCGACUAUCAAGUUUGACAGCUUCUCCAAGCUUCCUACUUGGCUCCUUCCCACCAGCUCUCAGGUAAUGGCCUACGCCGGAAACUAUGACAAGAGCGAUUUGGAAGGGAUAAGGUUCGACUGGAAUUCUUUCAAGCAAUCGAUCGGCCAGAACGCAAGCGGCGACAUCGCCUUUGACAAAGAGAAGGUCGUCACCAUUGAUCGUCAGGACAGAACCGUCCAGACCAUGGUCGAUCAGAUUGUGUCUUUCCUCGCCGACGCGCUUAGCUACCCCAUGAGCCAGCACGAUAUCAAGGCGCUCAAUAAGACCAUACAGACGACCUUCUAUAACUUGAAGAAUAAGUCCUCGUAUGGAUUCUUGAACUUUAGCUCGACUACUGAUCAUCACAACUCGUCUUGGACAUAUAAUAUCAACUUUGCGUUUCCCAAUCCGGAUAUCCCGAAUUACUUCAAUUCUUUGAUUUCGACUGUCAUCUUGGAAGCGGAUAUAACUGAUGUGUCAGAGUGGUGGGGUUUAGAAUUCAACACGACAAAGAGCUUCUCCGCCAAGAUUCAUUCUAUUGAACUCGUUGUAAAGAAGGGCUUUGCGAAUCCUGAUGCGCGACCCAAAUAG